AAGUUGCGUCGUUCGUAGGUGCCGAUAAUUACCGUUACGUCGUUAUUGAGGUUGAUCAGGUUGAUGCUGGUGUUCAAGUUUUUGUUGUACCGCCGAGUAGAAGUCGCGUUAGUACUAGUGAUUAG